GUCUUCACUCUCUUCAUCCACGUCCAUGGCGUCAGACACGGUCAAGAAGAUUCAAGACAAGCUCUUUCGCGGCUUAGAUGGCGCCCCACUGCCCCAGGAUCGCGACUCACCGCUCAGCAUCGACAUUCCCAAACUCAGACCUGCCCCCGCUCCUCCUCCCCAGUUCGCCAAGGCCAGCUUAAACUCGUCCAAAGCAGACGACCUCCCGCCAUCAUACCGCGAACGUCUUGCAGAGAAACUCGGUGACGAUUAUCAAGGCGCGGAGCGUUAUCGACUCGUGCAAGAUGGCAACAAGGAAAGACAUUGGAAGCGGUGGGGACCGUAUCUCAGCGACAGACAAUGGGCUACUGUGCGCGAAGAUUACUCGGACAACGGCGACGCAUGGAGCCAUUUCCCCCACGACCACGCGCGCUCUCGCGCAUAUCGAUGGGGCGAGGAUGGCAUGGCUGGUAUCUCAGACAAUCACCAGCGACUUUGCCUCAGCUUGUCUCUGUGGAACGAGAAGGACCCGAUCCUCAAGGAACGCUUGUUCGGUGUUACCGGCCACCAAGGCAAUCACGGCGAGGACGUCAAAGAGCUUUACUAUUAUCUCGAUUCGACCCCGACGCACUCAUACAUGAAGUUUCUUUACAAGUAUCCUCAGCAACGCUACCCUUACGAUGAACUAGUCACUGAAAACCAGAAUCGGAGCCGUGAUGUUACUGAAUACGAAAUCAUGGAUACAGGUGUUUUCGAUGAAGACAAGUACUGGGACGUAUUUGUUGAGUACGCCAAAGACGAAGAUGAUGCUGAUAACGUUUACGUUCGUAUCACCGCAUACAAUCGUGGUCCCGACUUGGCCUCGCUACACAUCGUCCCCCAGUUCUGGUUCCCAAACACGUGGUCAUGGAGCAAAGAAAAGCGAGUGAAGCCGACGAUGACGGCGGCGACUCGAAACGACGUAAAUUGCAUCACGGCCAAGCAUCCCACUCUCGGUAAAACUCAUCUCUAUUGCCUUCCAUCGCCUCCCCCGACCGAUAGCAACGGUGAAUUUGAACCUGGAAUGGAGGGGGCCGCGAUCGACGCGCGUCUUUUGUUCACCGAGAACAAUACUAACUUCCUGCGGUUGUACGGUGGUAAAAACGAGAGCAAGUAUGUCAAGGACGCAUUUCACGACCAGAUUGUCCCGGAGCACCGUCCAAUCGUCGAAGGACCCCAUGGACCCCCUCCCGGCCCCAUUGGCGAUGGCGACGAUUUCAUACCGAACGACCAUGUUCCUCGUCCCAACUUCAUCAACCCUGAGCAGACGGGAACGAAGUCGGCGGCCCAGUACAUCUUCCACGAUGUUCCCGGUGGCGGAGGUUGCGCCGUUGUUCGAUUGAAACUCACUCCCUCGAACCCCAAGAAGGACCCGACGCUAGUGGACGAAGGUUUAUUCGAUGACGCUGUAGAGUCGCGCCGUCUGGAAGCAGAUGAGUUUUAUGAGUCGCUUGUACUCGGUCCCACGAGCGAGGACCUACGGCAAGUUAUGCGGCAGGCGUUUGGUGGUAUGCUCUGGACAAAGCAACACUACACGUUCAUCCAGAAGGAAUGGAUUGAGGGCGACUCGGGUCAGCCAGCGCCUCCUCCGCAACGCAAACACAUCCGGAAUCGGGAGUGGCCGCACAUGCAUAUCUCGGAUAUCUUGUCGAUGCCUGACAAAUGGGAAUACCCGUUCUUCGCUGCGUGGGACACUGCAUUCCACUGUAUCCCACUCGCUGUGGUGGACCCAGCGUUUGCAAAGAAACAACUUGAUUUGCUCACUCGAGAGUGGUACAUGAAGCCGGAUGGACAGAUUCCGGCGUAUGAAUGGAAUUUCAGCGACGUGAAUCCACCCGUUCAUGCGUGGGCGACAUUCAGAGUGUUCAAGAUCGAGCGCAAGAUGACGGGGAAAGAGGACCUCGCCUUUUUGGAGCGUGUGUUCCAGAAGCUGCUGCUCAAUUUUACGUGGUGGGUCAACCGGAAGGACAGGGGUGGCAACGGUGUGUUUGAGGGUGGAUUUCUUGGCUUGGACAACAUUGGCGCAUUCAACCGCUCUGAGCCGCUGCCGACCGGAGGAGAGCUGCGCCAGGCUGAUGGGACUGCUUGGAUGGCAUUUUAUUGCUUGAAUAUGCUGAACAUGGCGCUUGAGUUGGCUAAACACAAUCCGGUAUAUGAGGAUAUUGCAUCCAAGUUCUUUGAGCAUUUCAUUUUUAUUGCGGACGCGAUGACUUUUAAAGUGGACGAUGAGGAGCACAGUCUGUGGAAUGACGAGGACGGGAUGUAUUAUGACGCCAUCCACUUUGGGCCGGGCAACUCGAUGCAACUUCCGAUCCGCAGCUUGGUGGGACUGAUUCCGUUGUAUGCUACACUUGUGCUGGAGCCCUCCACACUGAAUCGGUUCCCUGGGUUCAAAAAACGGGUGGAGUGGUUCCUGGACAACCGCCCGGAAGAGUCUGCCCGUAACAUGGCCAACAUGCGAGACGGAGGAAAGGAACAACGUCGCUUGAUGGCGCUUGCAGAUAAAGACCGCCUGAUCAAGAUUCUAGAGAAGAUGCUAGACGAGGACGAAUUUUUGAGUGAGCACGGGAUCCGGUCGUUGUCAAAGAGGCACAAAGAUCAUCCGUGGGGAAUGGAUGUCAACGGUCAACGCUACGAAGUGGGAUACUGGCCUGGGGACUCCAGGUCUGGCAUGUUCGGAGGCAACUCCAACUGGAGAGGACCUAUUUGGCUCGCGACCAACUUUUUGCUGAUCGAGAGUCUGCAACGCUUCUACCAGUAUUACGGGGACCAGUUGCAAGUUGAAUGUCCGACUGGCAGCGGGGACUACAUGAACUUGGUCGGCGUCGCCGAAGAGAUCCAGCACCGCAUCAUACACAUCUUCGCGCGCGACAUGGAUGGCAGACGCGCUGCCAAUGGUGGGAUCCCCAAACUAGACCAGGACCCGCAUUUCCGUGACUAUGUCUGGUUCUAUGAGUUUUUCCAUGCAGACGAUGGGCGUGGCCUAGGCGCAUCGCAUCAGACUGGCUGGUCCGGGCUUGUUGCGUACCAUAUCCUGCAGAGCGGGGUCAGCUGCCGGCUGCCCAAGACACCGCGCACGCCACGUGCCAUUUUGCACCACUAUUUUGAUGAAACGAUGGAUUCUCGGUCUGAGUUUGACGAUACCCGCUCUGCGCGGUCUGCCUUCAGCAUGGCGAGCGCAUUUGACACGCACACUUUGGGCGAUAUUUCUCCGGACGCGCUGUAAUAAUAGAAGAUAGCAUUCCUGUCUAGUACAUGAUACAAAUAAGAGAGUUGACAGAAUUCCGGGGAGCAGACAGUAGGUUAGCAGCACCUAAUAGAUAAUGUUAGAGAGAGAGAGCUUAUGGUGGUACAUCGCAAUCACAUGACUGUGUCACGUCAAGUCACGUAGAGGGUCACCUGACCGCCGGGACGAUAGGCCUCGAAUGCCAUCUGCACGUCCUCAGUCGAGCCCAGGGAGACCAUGUCUCCAUCCUCGUCCUUGUAUUUGACGCGGAGCGGCCCGUCCAUCCGCCUUGGCCCACACAGCCGGAUCUUGCGACCGACCUUCUCCACCAAAUCGUCGUACUCGGUGAUGCGCGGCACCUGGAUGACGAAAAUGUCUUCGUUGAAGUGCACCUUGACCUUGACGGGAGGAGCAGGCCGCAUUCCCACGCCACCGAGCGAGGACUCGGUCGAAUCGAACGGAGUGAUCGGCGACGAGCUGUGCGGCGAGUAAUCCUCGGAGCUGUCUCCUGUUGACUGACUCGAUCCGCUCUCGCGCCGGCCUCUCCACUGUGGCGUCGGCAUCGGCGGGGGCACGCUCUUGGGCACAUAGGCCUGCGGUUGCUCGCACUCCGGGACCUGUUCAUUACCGGCGCCAGAGGCAGCGCAGUGGUCGGCGGCGGCGCUGGCUGUGCCGGGAGUCCGGUCCGGUAGUCGCCAUUCAGCUUCGUCGAACUGAACUGGCUUCGCAGAGGCGGUCUCGUGCGGGGCCCUGGUCCCAUGCUAUUGACCUCCGAAGCAUAAUUCGUCCCGCUCAUCAUGCUGGCAUUCGAGUGCACACGUGACGUCCGCGUCCGACUGACUGCUGGGUUCAUUGGCGGUGGCGCGUUCGUCCGCCAUUGCGCCAUCACCGGCCCGUUCGUGUCUUCAGUCAUGGCUCGAGGACGGUCGUAGCCCGGAAUCGACUCUCGUUCCGGUGGCAUGCUCUGCGCGUUCAUCCGUCGCGUUCCGACCGGUGUCCCACGCCCAGAUGCGUAAGCUGACGGAGGGUAUUCCUCUAGGUCGUCGUCGUCCAGAUCAAAACCGUAGUUCUCGUCGAUCGGAUAGCCUUGCGGCCCACCGUACUGGCUCAUCGUGUUGCCCGCCUGGUACACGCUCUCUCCCCUCGGCCGCUGAGCAAAAUUUGGCCCUGGCAUAUAUCCACCUGGCCCGCCCGGAACAUACCCAACGGGCUGUCGCGGAUUUGUACUGUUGGCAAUCUUCGCCAUGUUCCUCUCCGACACUCGUCGCUGCGCCGACUCCCUGAUCAGUCGGUUGAUCGCAGACUCCCAUUGUCGCAUCUGCGGCUCGUUUCGACACCGGAGCGUGAAGAACUCGAGGUCAUCGUCG